UUCAUCCAUUUCGCUUUCACGCUCUCUCUAUCAGCCACUUGCCGCCUUUAGUGAGUUCAUUCGCGCUUCUCAAUUCGAAUAAACAGUUUUUUUUUGUAAAUUUGUAUUGAAACAGUUCAAAAACUACAAUUACAAUGGCCGAUAAGGAUUCCCAAGUCAAAGAGGUAGAAACCACCGUCGAAGAGAAGGUUGAGAAAACCAAGGCCGAAGAAGCCACUCCUGAGAAGGAGAAGGCCGUUGAAGCUAAUGGUGAAGCUGAAAAUGGAUCAGAAGAGAAGGAUGACAAGGAUGCCAAAGAGGAUGAAAAGAACGGCCAUGACGAAAGUGAUAAAGCCUGUGCGAUCAAGAGGAAAUCGACAGGAGGUGAUGCUAAAGAAGAGGCGAAAGCCGAAGAUGUUGUCCCCGAAAAGAAGGCAAAGAUCGAAGAAGCUCCAGCGGAAGCAGAAUCUAACGGUGACGCUGCUGAGGUAGCGGCAUAAGGGGGACUUCCUUGCCCUAAUCCCAAAAUUUAGUGUUUAAGUUUUACUUUGUUGUAUAAUAGUAGGGUACUAAUCUUUCAUCUGGCAGCCCUAUCUUAAAAUCCUACAUGUUUUUCAACAUGCUCACCACUCUAUUUCUAGGAAAUUGCAUUUAUUUUAGUACAUGGACACUUGAAUUUUCCUCGGAUUGAGGAAUGGUUGAUGUUAAUAUUUUUAAUUAGUUCAGUUUUAAUAAUCUCCAGGGUGUCGAAUUUUAGAGGUGCGUUUAUGUACUUAAUUUUAACUACUUCUUGGACUAAUGGAUAUUCGAUGGUAUGAGUUUGCACCCUGGACCGAUAAAUUGGUUCUUUGAAUGUUGAGAGCCGAUUCCGGGGUGCCAACCCGUACGGUCCAACAAUAAACAUUUCAGUACAAUAAGUCGUGUGUUGUGGAAACCUUAUAGUAUCAAUAAGAUGUAAAAACAGUUGUUUCGUCCUGUAGGAGGUUUACGAUUCGUUGAUUGUACAUUGUGGUGAAUCUCUGUCUAUCUCUUCUAUGAGAAGCCAGCUCUGCCAUUUAACCUCAUUGACUAACCAAACUGGUUUCUAAAUGUGUUCAUAUCAGAUAUGUGGAAUACUAAUUGACUAAUUUUGUAAUGCUUUUUUUAUAAGAAGACAAAACGAUUUUUCGAAUAGUCUGUUGUGAAUGCCAAUUAAUUGAAUAAUAAUAAUAUGUUUCUGCUCGAUCAGAGCGGUCUUGGUACAAACUUGUAAAAAGAGGUGGCAAAUAAAGAGUUAGUUUCGA